AAUAAAUGACAACAUAUACACAAUGCAUCAUUUUGUCUACUAAGACAGUGCAUGCCCUCCUGUUAGCUACUGCAGACAACUCGCGCCUGCAGGUUCCUUUGUGUCCAACCCAAGGAAAGGAGAGGCAGGUUCCUCACAUCUCUCCUGCCAUAUCUGCUGCUCCAGAAGCUUUCCUCCCCCUCUCUGCUUCAAGAGUUCAAGGUAGCUGGCGCUGCACGCUCCGUCCUAGCAGCAAGCUUGCAGCCAUGGAGCCCAGGAAGUCGAAUUAUCUCGUCGCCCUCGUCUUGGCGUCGUUCUUGCUCUCCGUCGCCGUCGCAGGAGGGCAUAGGAAGAAGCUCGAUGACGCAUCAGAAUCAAUGGAGACAUCGGAAUCCACGCAGGAAGAUGACGAAAUAGCGGUGGUGGUCCACGAGAGAAUUCUCAGCCAGGUGAAGAUGAACGACUACGCGAGAUACGACCCUUCACCGACCAUGGCUAAGCCUCGCUCCAAGGACAUACCGAACUAGUCAGCCCAGCCCUUGUAUUGAGAUUAUAUGUAGAGAAAGAAGAUCUCUCUCUCUCUCUUAUAUAUAUAUAUAUAUA